GUACCCUCAUCAGUAGGUGGCAGUAACGUAUAGCUUCCAUAUUUCCUAUCAAAACAAACAGGUUUGAUGCUGCUGAAAGGUUCUACACUUAUACUAUCCGUUAGCGUAUUAAAAUGUGUACAUUUACCAAAAUGUGAUUCUGUUUUACCACCGCGUCAAACCAACAGCCGUCCGGAUAUGGCUGAAAUACCUGUUCGAGGACAGUCGGACUGAUAAUGCCUUAACGUCUCCAGCUUGCUUUGCCGUGUCCGUGGAGCCCAGAACAAGAUGCUGCUGAAGAUGCCGAAGAAGCUGCUGAAAACUGCCCACUACAUAGAGCUGAGCAGCUACCAGCACUGGCCGGUGCUGCUGCCGCACAGGAUUCGGUUGUACACCUACGAACAAAUCCCCCUCUUCCUCAAAGAAAACCCCUACAUCACAGACGGCUACAGGGCACACCUGACCUCCAAACUCUGCCUGAAGAGUAUAUUUAUUCUGUCCAAUGAGACUGUGAAUAUCUGGAGCCACCUUCUGGGUUUUCUGCUUUUUUUCUCUCUUGGGGUCAAUGACCUCUCCUCAGUACUACCAGCCUCUGGAGCAAACAGAGAAGACUACGUCAUCUACACUAUAGGACUCUUCUGCUUCCAGGUCUGCAUGCUGUGUUCAGUGGGAUACCACAUGUUCUCAUGCCACCGUCUGGAAAAGACGUGCCGCCGCUGGCUGGCGCUGGACUACGCCGGCAUUUCCAUCGGGAUCCUGGGCUGCUACGUUCCUGGGAUCUUCUACGCUUUCUACUGUAAUGCUUUUUGGCGACAGGUCUACCUGCUGACGGUGCUCUCCUUGAUCCUGGCCAUCUUCUGCGCUCAGGUUCACCCUCGUUACCUCAGCAACGACUGGAAAAUGAUCAGGAUGACGAUCUUCUGCUGCGUGGCGGGCAUCGGUGUGAUUCCUGCCUGCCACUGGAUCUGGCUGAGUGAAGGGUUCGCGUCGGAGAUUGUGCAGCUGUUUCUGCCUCGUGUGAUUGUAAUGUACCUGAUAGCUGGAUCUGCGUUCCUGUUCUACGCCACCAAAAUUCCUGAGCGAUAUUUUCCUGGUCAGGUGAACUACAUCGGCGCCAGCCACCAGCUGUGGCAUGUACUGGUGGUGGUGAUGUUUUACUGGUGGCACCAGACGGCCGUAAACAUCAUGGGCUUCAGACACAGCCGGCCUUGUCUCAGCCGGACCGGCGGCAGAUAAGUGAACCUUUCCUCAAAACGUCACAUUACAUUAAAACAAUCUUCAGUUGUUG